AACUUCUACCUUAUUUUUAAUUGCCAUGCUGAUUGCUGGAGCUGCCUGCCAUGCAGCUGAGCCUGCAAAGGUUUUCCUAGGUACAGAUGACUCAGCAGUGGUUUAUGAGUUUCUUCUUCCGAAGGCGUUCCGGGGCCGUGUGGCUUGGCCAAGGCUACGUAGGCUGGUGCUUCUCAGAGGAGACACAGACAGACAUUGGACUCCCUGCCUCGGCCGCCAGGAGUGGCAGGAGGAGGGCACCGAACCCUCUUUAUAUAUCAAAGAGCUGGCUUGCAUAACGCACAGAGACAGCGGAGACAGGCUGCUAUUGUAGGAAGGAAGGGAGUCCCCGAGUCCAGUUCUCUGCUUCUCUCCUCUUUCUGCUUCUGUCCAGGAUGGAACCGAGUGAGCGCUUCAGCUUUGAACGCUGUCGAGAAACAGCAGACUGGCUGCUCUCCCGUACCAGCCUUCGGCCUGAAAUUGUCAUCAUCUGCGGCUCCGGGCUGGGCCCGCUCGGGGACAGCUUGAAGAAUCAGGAAUCUUUCACGUAUGCAGAGAUCCCCAACUUUCCACACAGCACAGUGGUAGGCCACGAAGGGCGGCUCAUCUUUGGGGAGCUGAAGGGCACACCGUGCGUUUGCAUGAAGGGGCGCUUCCACAUGUACGAGGGAUACCCCCUCUGGAAGGUCACCUUCCCGAUCCGUGUCUUCAAACUCUUAGGUGUUGAGACGCUUCUGGUCACCAACGCCGCUGGCGCCUUGGCGGACUCCUACCGCAUCGGCGACCUCAUGAUUAUCCGGGACCACAUCAACUUGCUGGGAUUGACCGGGCAAAACCCUUUGGUGGGACCCAACGAGGAGCAGUUUGGGCCCCGAUUCCCUGCCCUUGUGGAUGCUUACGACAGACAGAUCCGUACACUGGCCAUGGAGAUAGCCACGCAUCUGGGCUAUGCCUCAUUUGUCAAGGAGGGCGUCUACUGCAUGGUCGGAGGCCCCAAUUUCGAAUCUGUGGCAGAGGCUCGCCUGCUGCGCUUACUCGGGGCAGACGCUGUAGGCAUGAGCACGGCAGCAGAGGUGGUGGUGGCCAGGCACUGCGGAUUACAAGUCUUUGGUCUCUCGCUGAUCACCAACAAGGUGACCAUGGACUACGAUGCUAAGGAGAGCGUCGACCACCAUGGCGUGCUGGAAGUGAGCCGGAAGCGAGCUGCCAUUCUCCAGACGCUGCUCACAGAGCUGGUGGGCAGACUGGCAUCUAGCAAAGGCGGCAACAAGGAGCAGAAAGGAAGCAAGACCAAUUACCAGAAUGGAGCCUAAAGGCAGCUCCAGAGGUCAGCCUUGGACCCCAAGACACUUCGGAUGGAGCUUGUGACUUGGGUGUGCAGAGCCACACACCCCUUUUUUAAUUUAUUUGCUUUAAUUUCCAAAACAAAAACAAAUACAAAAUACAAAAUACUUACUAUGCAAU